AUGUUUGUCCGAAAGCGCGAUGGGCGUCAGGAACGCGUUCAGUUCGACAAGAUCACGGCCCGCGUCUCGAGGCUGUGUUACGGUCUCGACACGGAGCAUGUCGAUCCCGUGGCCAUCACGCAAAAGGUCAUCUCUGGCGUCUACGGCGGUGUGACGACUAUUCAGCUCGACGAUCUCGCUGCCGAGACGGCUGCGUACAUGACGGUCACGCAUCCUGACUACGCCAUCCUCGCGGCUCGCAUCGCCGUCUCGAACCUUCACAAGCAGACGAAGAAGCAGUGGUCCUCGGUCGUCAGCGACCUGUAUCACUACGUCAACCCCAAAAACGACAAGGCGUCGCCCAUGAUCUCGCAGGAGACGUACGAGUGCGUCAUGAGGCACAAGGAGGAGCUCGACUCGGCCAUCGUCUACGACCGCGACUUCAACUACCAGUACUUUGGCUUCAAGACUCUCGAGCGAUCCUACCUCCUCAAGCUCAACGGCAAGAUCGUCGAGCGACCGCAGCACAUGAUCAUGCGCGUGUCGGUCGGCAUCUGGGGCGACAACAUCGAGCGCGUCAUCGAGACGUACAAUCUCAUGUCGAGCAAGAUGUUCACGCACGCCUCGCCGACGCUCUUCAACGCCGGCACGCCGCAGGCGCAGCUGUCGUCGUGCUUCCUCGUCGACAUGAAGGACGACAGCAUCGAGGGCAUCUACGACACGCUCAAGACGUGCGCCAUGAUCUCCAAGAUGGCCGGCGGCAUCGGCCUCAACAUCCACCGCAUCCGCGCCACCGGAUCCUACAUUGCCGGCACCAACGGUACCUCCAACGGCAUCACGCCCAUGCUUCGCGUCUUCAACAACACGGCCCGGUACGUCGACCAGGGCGGCAACAAGCGGCCGGGCGCCUUCGCCAUCUACCUGGAACCGUGGCACGCCGACGUUUUUGAGUUUCUCGACCUGCGCAAGAACCACGGCAAGGAGGAGGUGCGCGCGCGCGACCUGUUCCUCGCGCUCUGGAUCCCCGACCUCUUCAUGAAGCGCGUCGAGAAGAACGGCGACUGGACGCUCAUGUGCCCCAACGAGUGCCCCGGCCUCGCCGACUGCUACGGCGACGAGUUCGAGGCGCUGUACGAAAAGUACGAGCGCGAGGGCCGCGGCCGCAAGACGGUCCGCGCCCAGAAGCUCUGGUACUCGAUCCUCGAGGCCCAGACGGAGACGGGCAACCCCUUCAUGCUGUACAAGGACGCGUGCAACCGCAAGAGCAACCAGAAGAACCUCGGGACGAUCCGCAGCUCCAACCUGUGCACCGAGAUCAUCGAGUACUCGGCGCCCGACGAGGUGGCCGUCUGCAACCUCGCGUCGCUCGCCCUGCCGGCCUUUGUCGACUACAACGAGGGCUGCUACGACUUCAAGAAGCUGCACGAGGUGACGCGCGUCGUCGUCCGCAACCUCAACCGCAUCAUCGACGUCAACCACUACCCCGUCCAGGAGGCGCGCAACAGCAACUUCCGCCACCGACCCAUCGGCGUCGGCGUCCAGGGCCUCGCCGACGCCUUCCUCGCGCUGCGCAUGCCCUUCGAGUCCCCCGAGGCGCGCGAGCUGAACAAGCAGAUCUUCGAGACCAUCUACCACGCGGCCCUGACGGAGUCGGUCGAGCUGUCCAAGGAGCAGGGCCCGUACUCGACCUUUGAGGGAUCGCCGGCCUCGGAGGGCAUCCUCCAGUUCGACAUGUGGAACGUCAAGCCGUCGGACCAUUGGGAGUGGGAGACGCUGCGCGCCGAGAUCAAGGAGCACGGCAUCCGCAACAGCCUGCUGCUCGCGCCGAUGCCGACGGCCAGCACGUCGCAGAUCCUGGGCAACAACGAGUGCUUCGAGCCGUACACGUCCAACAUCUACCAGCGCCGCGUCCUCGCCGGCGAGUUUCAGGUGGUCAACCCCUGGCUGCUCAAGGACCUCGUCGACAUGGGACUCUGGUCCGACGCGAUGAAGAACCGCAUCAUCGCGGAGAACGGGUCGAUCCAGAACAUUGCCAACAUCCCGGCCGACAUCAAGGCCCUCUACAAGACGGUCUGGGAGAUUUCGCAGCGGCAGGUGGUGCAGAUGGCGGCCGACCGCGGCGCCUUCAUCGACCAGUCCCAGUCGCUCAACAUUCACAUGAAGGACCCGACCAUGGGCAAGAUCACGAGCAUGCACUUUGCCGGCUGGAAGCUCGGCCUCAAGACGGGCAUGUACUACCUGCGGACGCAAGCCGCCGCCGCGCCCAUCCAGUUCACCGUCGACCAGGAGGCCCUCAAGGUGGCCGACACCACUGUCGGCCGGGAAAGGCUGCCAAAGAAGCGAACGGCGCCGUCGGGCACGAGCUACAUGUCGUCGCCCGUGGCCGUGCCCCGCGCCCACCAGGCCAAGGACGACGGCAACGGCAUGCCGACGCCGAGCAUGACGCCGCCGCCGCCGGCGGGCACGGGAAGCGACGCCAAGGCCCGGCCGAUGGCAUCGCCGAGCAAGCCCGCGACGAUGAAGGCCGAUGUCGACGAAGGCGACAGCCCCAAGGUUCUGCCGACGGAUCCCACCGACAAGGUCGGGGACGAGGAGCUCGCCGAGGCCGGCAAGCAAGCCGAGGGCCAGGCCGAGGACAAGGAGAGCGAGGAGCGCGAGCGGGACAUUUACUCGGAAGCCGUCUUGGCCUGCAGUAUCGAGAAUCCCGAGUCCUGCGUCAUGUGCAGCGGCUGA